AUGUACACUGGAAGGCGAGCCAUAGUUACUGGUGCAUCUAGCGGAAUUGGGUUCGCGCUUUGCCAACGGCUUUCUCACUUGGGGUAUAGUGUUACUAUGGUGGCCAGAACUGAACAUAGACUAGCGAAAAACUUAGACUUGCUUCUGAGGUCUGGCGGCCAGCACCAUCUGUACAAUGUAGUUGAUCUUGAGCAAUUAGGCCUACACCACCCUGAAAACAUGCUCAAACCCCUUUUUACCGAUGCCUCUCUUUUAGUGAACUGUGCUGGAGUUACUAAUCAUAAUGUGCUUACCAGACUAAGCCCUGAGGCUAUUGCCACCACAAUCAAUUUGAAUCUUUUGGCGCCCAUUCUCUUAUCCAAGAGCGCAGUCAUGCCAUUCCUCAGACAGCAAAAGAAAACCGGCGUUGUUCCGAGCAUCCUAAAUAUACUGUCAAUGCUAUCCAUAAGCGGAGUUACAGUUCCAGGAACGUCACCUUAUGCUGCGCUGAAGGCUGGGCUUUUAGGAUUCACUGAAUCGCUCGCUGCAGAACUCAAUGGGAAAAUCAGGGUCAAUGCAGUAUUGCCAGCGCUAGUUCCAGAAACAGAAAUGGGCAAGUCAGGGUCCCCACAGCUUCCUACAGUGUCGCUACAAGAAGUCAUCGAAGCGUGUGAAAAGGUAAUAACUGACGACGAAAUGAAUGGCAAAUUUGUUGUCGCUGAUGGAAACGGAUUUCGCUCUUUGAAUUGA